UUUCCGAAACAGUAUGUCAUCCAGAUUUGAAGAUGAACAGAAAAAGAGGGAUCUUGAAGAGAUUAAACAAAUGGAUAUAAAAGAUGUGAAUGGUGAGGAAUUUGGUUGUAAAGAGCAAAAAAGAUUGUCUAACGUUGAAGCAGGUUCAAGUAAACUAACGUUAAAACUCGUUGAAUUAUUGGUAGAAAAAAUGGAAGAUAAUAGUGAUGAUUAUUUGGAUGAACGUGGUAUUGUGUCAUUUCUCGCUCUAAUGGCUAAACAUGCGGAUGUGGAAAAUAAAGUUAGGAUGGGAGAAACUGGAGUAAUUGAGGUAAUUACAAAAUUAGUUGACGAUAAAUUCAUGGCGGGUGGUUGGUAUGCCAUAAUUGAAGUUGGAUGGUCAUUUUUGUUUUCCGUUAUGGAUGAAGCACCAAUAAAUAGAAAACUUUUCAACGAGGCUGGUGGUAAAGCAAUUUAUGAAAAAUAUUUAUCACAUCCACAAAUUGGUUCUCGUUAUUUCGAAAAUAUUCGCGAAAAUUUGGCAAAUAUUGAUAACAACAUUUUCAGUGAUAAUGACCAUAGUGACAGUGAGGACGAAGAAAAUACUUUUCAUCCUGUUAAAUUUCAAAAAAUUGACUUUUCACAAUUUGAUGUCAAUAUUGAAGAUUAUGUUAAAAUGAUUAAUUUAAUUUUGAAAUUAUUGGAAGCUAAUAAUUCUGAUCUUUUAACUCAACGAGCUGUUGUAUCUAUGCUUGUUUUUAUGACUGGCAAGAUGGGGGAAGAGGAAAAAAUUAAAAUUGGGAAAACUGGAAUAAUUGAGGCAAUUUUUAAAUUAAUUGAAAAUAAAUUUAAUUUGGAAGAAUGUGAUCUAGUUAUGAGGGAUAGUUUGCUAUUUUUGAGGAAAAUUACUGAUGUAAGGAAGAAAUUCUUCUUUUUCUUGGACGGCAUUCGAGAAAAUUGUCAAAUUUUUGUUAAAACAAGUUUUGAAAUUAUUCCUCGAAUGAUUAAAAAAUUAGACGAUUCACAAUUUAUUCAUAUUGUGACUGAAGAAGGUAAUUUAGAAAUGCUUGAUGAAUUGGGUUUAAAAAUGAAAGAAAACAAAAAUGUGGAAGAAUUAACGGAUAUAAUUCUAUCAAAUAUUAAUCAAUGGGGAAAAGGAAUUUAUGAAGUUAACAAAGAGAAGCCUGCUUCAGACAAAAAGGAAGUUAUAAAGCCAGUGGUUAAUGAUGAAAUUAAAGAGAUAAAGGAGGUUAAAAAAUUGGAGCCAAUUUUCACCACAAAUCCAGCUGAACUAAAAGGAGAGAUUAUUAAUGUUAGCCUAAAAAAUGAGAAGCCUCUAGACAUUCCAUUCGGCAUUACUUUGUCUGGAAUGAAUGGAACUCGUAUACAGAAUGAAUUUAUUCAAUGUAUUCUCGGUGCAAGGAGUGGCGAUGUUUGUAAAAUUUUGGUGUCUUUUUCUGUUGGUGAAAUUGUGAAUUUUCAACUUUGUCGUGGCUAUGCAUUCCAGAAGACUAAAAUUCAACUAAUUCGUGGUAAGGAUUAUAGCGGUUAUUUUUCAUUCAUUACUGGUGGGAGUCUAGCUUGGUGUUAUUUGUUGGUUGAUAAAGAUAAGAGAGAAGCUUUGCUUCAGAAACGGAAGACGGGCAAUGUUGAUAUAAACCAAGUCAAAGAAUAUGGAGAAAUUUUAUAUUCAGGAUUGGGUAGAGAUCCUCCAAAAGACAUUAAAGACAAAAUGGUUGAGGAAUAUGGGAUUAACCCUGAUUAUAAGAUUAACCAGUUUCCAACCUAA